AUGCUUAGAAGUCUUGUCAGAUCGUUCAGGCUACAAUCGCAUCCAUUUAAGAAAAUGUCUGAUGCAGAGAAAUAUUUGCAAGAUGGCAAAAAAAGAUCAGCCACAGUAAAUGGAUGUAAUGAGGAUCAGAAAGUAACGCAGCUUUCGUCCGGCGAAUGUGGCAUCAGAAAGAAAAAGAAGAACGGGGGCCUAGGAGAGUUAAGAGAUGAUGUCGGAUUCAAACUAAAGGUUCACGAUGUAAAUAAUCAAAGGAAUAAACAGAUAGAUCCUGAUUACGAAGUUGUUUAUGAAGGUCCACUCAAAAAAGUUCGACCAUAUUACUUCACUUAUAAGACAUUUUGCAAGUUGAGAUGGAGGGAUAGACCCAUUAUCGACAUCUUUGUUAAGGAGUUCAGGGAUCGUGAGGAGGAAUAUUACCGCAAAACGAUCGAAUCAGGGUCCGUAUAUCUUAACGAUGAGCCUGCUACUCUUGAAAGUAUAGUGCGCAAUGGUGACCUGAUCACUCAUAAGAUUCAUCGUCACGAACCACCUGUUACUUCAAGACCGAUUAAGAUAGUUCAUGAGAAUGAUGACAUUUUAGUAAUUGAUAAACCUAGCGGUAUCCCGGUGCAUCCAACUGGGAGAUAUAGAUUCAACACUAUUACGAAAAGCCUACAAAAACAGUUUGGCUACGCCGUUCACCCCUGUAACAGGUUGGAUAGACUUACUAGUGGAUUGAUGUUUUUAGCAAAAACACCGCAGGGUGCAGACCAAAUGGCAACCCAAAUGAAGGCCCGAGAAGUGAAAAAAGAAUACAUCGCCCGCGUCGUCGGUGAAUUUCCCAUCGGAAAAAUUGCAGUGGACAAGCCGCUCUACUGCAUUGAGCCAAAGCUCGCUCUCAAUGGUGUUUGCGAAAUGUCCCAAGAUGGUGCCAAAGAAGCCAGAACUGUAUUCGAACGAGUAAGUUAUGAUGGACAAACAAGCAUUGUCAAGUGCCAACCAUAUACGGGGAGAACGCAUCAGAUAAGAGUACACCUUCAGUAUCUUGGUCAUCCUAUUGCAAAUGAUCCAUUAUAUUCAAAUCCUCGUGUUUGGGGCCCUUCUUUAGGCAAAGGCGGGGAAGCCGAUUUCGCUGAAAUUAUCAAAAGAUUGGGACAGAUUGGUAAGACGGAAUCCGCGGAGAGCUGGUUUCACCCAAACUCUAAAGGUGAAGUUCUGACUGGCACUCAAUGCCCCGAAUGCGAGGCCGAUCUCUACACUGAUCCUGGUCCCAAUGAUUUAGAUCUCUGGUUACAUGCCUAUUGCUACGAAUCCACUGAGCUGGAUGAAAACAGAACAAAAAAGUGGAGUUACAGAACUGAAUACCCGGAUUGGGCUCUGGAGCCUCAUAGAAAAUACAUGGAAUUAGCUAUCACUGAAGCCAAGAAAUGUGAAGCUACAACUACGGCUUUCAGUGUAGGUGCCGUUUUAGUUAACGGUAAGGAUGUUCUCUCCGUCGGAUACUCACGUGAAUUACCAGGAAAUACACAUGCAGAGCAAUGCGCAUUAGAAAAGUAUUUUGAAAAAACAGGUCAGAGAACUGUACCGGAAGGAACUAUAAUCUAUACUACCAUGGAGCCAUGCUCCUAUCGUCUAAGCGGCAAUACCCCGUGUGUUGAUAGAAUAAUCUCUUUAGAGGGUAACAUUAAAACUGUUUUUGUUGGAGUUAUGGAGCCAGAUACUUUUGUCAAGAACAACACCAGCCUCGCGAAGUUGUCUCAACAUGAUAUUGACUAUGUUCUAAUCCCAGGUUAUGAAGAAGAGUGCACAAAAGCGGCUUUUAAGGGCCACCACGACAAUUUUUAA